GCAAACCCUGAACUCUCAUUCUUAAAUAAAUUUCUUGUUCUUGAAAACUGACCAUGAGAAGCGAGAGAAUCGAUUCAGACGAAACAGAAACGAGAAGAGCGAGGAUGAAUCUCUCGCAAGAAGUCGACGACUACAUCAAAGACACCAUUGAUCACUCCUUAGGCCGUCCCAUCUCAACGGAAUCUCUCCAAAAGAAGCUUCUCGCGGCUGAAGAAUCACAACGCCGUCUCCGAGAUCAGUAUCUGUCUCUUCUUUCCAGAUUAAAGGAAAAAGACCAAGUACUCGACCGAGUUAGGUCGGAAGCGAGUAUGAAUGCACAGGCGUUGAAGAAGUUUGUGGACGAGAACCAGAAACUGGCAGAGGAGUGCGGGAACUUGUUGAACCAGUGUAAGAAAUGGGAAAGAGAAUGUUUGCUUUAUCAUCAAGAUCGUGACGCCUUGAUGGAGUUCGGGAAUGAAGCGGAUGAGAGAGCGAGAGAGGCAGAAGCUAGGGUUCGUGAAUUGGAAGAGGAAGUUGGAAGAAUGUCUGAGGAAUUGCAAGUUUGUAAGAGACGACAAACUGAAGUUGAGAAAGUUGACAACUGCUCACCGCUGGAAGAAGAUUUACUUGAUUCAGUUUUGGGAUCACUCAUAAGCAAAGAUGAAAAUCUAGUAGGGCGUCUCUUCUUAGAGGCAAACAUUCAAGAUCAGUCUUGCCAAGCCUUGUUGAGCAAAUGGGAUCGACUAAAGCCUUCAACGCAAAAGGUUCUGUCUUUAGUUUCAGUGGCAAAGAAAUUUGAAAAAGAAAGGGAAUGCAUCAUCCAGAAUCUCGCUAAAGCCGAACAAGAGGCAGAACUCGUGAGCAUGCAAAACCGAAAGCUGGAUAAAGAAAAUCGUAAGUUGUUAAGGCAGCAGCAAAGCCCUCUUGGUUCUGCUGAAACAAGCCACAAAAGCGCAUCUGCUAAGUCAAACAAGAGAAAGUGUCCAAAAAUGAUGAGCAGCCCAAUCGAGAAGAUGCUUGAGUUUAGCGGCAGUCCAGAAAUUAGCAGGAAGCCUCUAUCACCUGUUUGGGAUAACUCAGUAGAUUCUAGGAUUAAUAAGAAGUGAUGACAAACAUGUCCCUGUAUUUUCAAUGUGUGUGUCUUGUAGAUUGAGAUUACAUUGUUGCUUCUCUGAAGCUACUUACGAUGAACUGUGACAAAAGUAGAGAAUGUGGUUUCUUUCUCUAAGCAGUUAUAUGGGCAGAGAUACUUCAAAACAGUGUAGAGAAGUAAGAAG